AAUUUUGGCAACUUUUUUGUCACACCUCACAACAGUUACCUUUUAAAAACCCAAACAAAAAUUUCAAAAAAAGUUCUCUUCUUAUCGGUUUUAUUUUUUACUCCACGCUUCCUGGCCCAGAAAUACUUUUAAAUAACACUUGUUCAAUAUCAUACACUUUUCAUAAGUGCCAACAAUAGCCAAAAUGCCGACUUCUCCGUCGACUACAGAAGCCAAUCAAAAAGAUAGCAAGCUGGUAUGUGUGUUUUGCGCAUCUCGCGACAGUCCAGACCAGGUCUACAACGAAGCAGCAAACUCACUAGGCCGUGAACUAGCCAUGGCCGGGUACGGUCUCGUUUACGGUGGCGGCAGUUGCGGCCUGAUGGGCCGAGUAGCGCUCUCCGUGCACGAAAACAACGGCGACGUGCUCGGCAUCACCCCCCACGCACUGACCUCAAUCGAGGGCGGCACCGAGAUUGGUCGCACGCUGUUGGUCAACAGUAUGCAUGACCGCAAGAGCAUGAUGAACGACUAUGCCAUGGCCUUUAUAGCGCUGCCCGGCGGAUUCGGCACUUUGGAAGAGCUCUUGGAGACCACCACCUGGUCUAUGCUCUCCAUCCAUUCCAAGCCUGUCAUUGUUCUGAACACGAAUGGAUACUACAAUGCUCUCAGGGAUCUUACCAAGAACGCUGUCAAGGCGGGAUUCAUCCAUGGAGAUAACAGCGAAAUCAUCGUCUACUGCGAUACGCCCCAGGAGGCGGUCGCUGCGAUCGCUAAGUACAACACGCCAAAGAACCGCUACGACCUAAACUGGACUUCGCCGCAGCCGAUGUGAUUCGAGUGUCAAAUAUCUGCCUUUUUACAUGCCCGCGCACAAAUAGACUUCGGGAUUUAAUUUUUUAACAUGUUUCUUUACACCACUGGCUGGGAUCAAGCGACGUAGUCAUUGGGUGGCCAGCUGUGCAUAUAGCAUAUUAAAUACACUUCUUUACGUAACGCCUUUUAACUCUAU